AUGGCUGCAUUUUCACGUGCAUUUUCUUUGUCUCCUGAGGAGGUUCGAUCUGCUACUCCUCCUGGCACGGUCAUUCUUUCAGCCCGAUCAUUGCAAAGGGCUAGACAAGCGACUGCUCAGAGUGAUGAACUAGUGUACACCCCUCAACCCAGUUCAGACCCAGCAGAUCCACUCAACUGGCCAAAUUGGCGCAAGAUUGCCGUUUUGAUAUGCAUGUCAUUAUAUGCUGCUAUCGCAAAUUUUACCUCGGCGUCUAUCGCAAGUGCUUUUCCUAUCUAUGCUACGCCACUGGCGUUCAAUCCUCCGGUGUCAAUUGGGAAAUUGACCCAUUUGAUUGCGGUUAACGUGCUCAUGUUGGGUGCAGCAAACAUUUGGUGGGUGCCAUUAGCGAAUAUUUUUGGCCGUCGGCCUGUGAUACUAGGAGGCAUAUUACUUCUAACGCUAUGCUCAAUGUGGGCUGGGCUAGCUAAAAGUUUUGGCAGCCUUCUAGCUGCUCGAGUCUUUAUGGGCAUUGGGGGGGCGCCAGCCGACACAAUUGCUCCAAAUGUGGUGGGAGAAAUCUUCUUCACUCAUGAGCGAGGUCGAGCUAUGGUAAUGAUUCAAACCCUUCUGCUAUCAAACCUAAAGUUCUUUUCUAACACCUCACAGGGUUUCUAUACUGUUUGUAUUUGCCUGGGACCCAUUAUUGGGGGUAUCUCCGGGGGUUACAUUGCUGGGAACCAAGGUCUUGCUUGGAUCCAUUGGGUGAAUGUCAUUCUGUCCGCCGUCUUGCUUAUCGCUUGCCUCAUAAUCGUACCCGAGACACGAUACAUGAGAGACCAGACACAAGUCUCAAGCCCAAACGACAAGUCCGCAGAGGUUGAGAUAAAGGGAGGCACUGAGGUUGUCGAAGAUAUGGCCGCCCAAGCUCCAGGGUCCCAUUCGACAAAGUAUGCAAACCCUUCCUCUAUGUGGAAGCUUAACAAGUACCAAGGAGAUGCGUGGAAUACAUUUUUAGCGCCUUGGAAGACUUUUCGCCUGCCAGGUGUGUGGCUUGUGAUGUUUUGGUACGCUGGACUGGUAGGAGGGGUGGUUACUGUUACGACUGUAGCCCCAACCAUCAUCUCCGAGCCGCCAUACCUCUGGGGGAACAACGCUGGCUUGAUCAUGAUCGGUGGAAUUAUCGGGGCGUUAUUAGGGCUUAUUGCAACAAGCUUAGCCGCUGACCGGGUAAUAACCACUAAAAAAAUGCUGCGGGGUGAAGUCUUCGCUGAACCAGAAGCACGUCUUCCUGUUGCGAUUCCAGGCUUGCUACUGGCUACUACUGGGCUUUGGACCUUUGGGUUCUGCGCACAGAACCCCGGUCCGCCACAUAUGUGGGUUGGAAUGCAAUUUGGGAUUGGCAUGCUUUGUUUUGGCCUGAUGCAAGCACCAUCUAUUGGGUUUAAUUAUCUCAUCGAUGCUUAUGGCCCUCUUUCUGCGGACUGUUUUGUGGCAGUGACUUGCAUGAGAGCUAUUAUAAGCUUUUCCUGGACGUUCUUUGCCGGUGAAUGGGUCAUGAGCUCUGGUCCAGCUAUUCCAUUUGGCGUAUUUGGAGCGCUCAUGGGAGCGUUUUCGUUGCUCAUCGUUCCUGUCUGGCUUUGGGGGAAAAGGAUGAGAAUUGCUACGGCAGGUUGGGUACCAGUGCUUUGA